AUGGAUGAAGACGGUUUUGAUGAUUUAUUAGGAGUAAGUUUUUUGAAAAUUUCAGACAAGAUUCUUUAAUCUGAAAAUUUUUCAGGAUAUGGACGAUUUAGAUGCCGCUUUAUUUGGGAAGAAGAAACCGGCCCCACAGAAAAAUAUGCUUUCUUCAAUUUUAUCGAAUGUGAGUUUUGGAGUUGCGAUAACUUGUGUGUGGGAAAAUUUGGAGAUGUGGGAUUUUUUUAUCAAUAUUUAAUUUCCGGACUAAACUUCCGGAGGCUUCAGAAGCUUCCGAGGGCUUUAGAAGGCUUCAGAAGGCUUCAGAAAGCUCUAGAAGCCUUUUGAAGGCUUCAGAAGGCUUCAGAAGGUUUCAGGAGGCUUGAAUUUGCUUCAGAAGGCCUGAGAAGCCUUUAGAAAGCUUCAGAAGGUUUCCAAGGCUUCAGAAGGCUUCAGAAGGCUUCAGAAGGCUUCAGAAGGCUUCAGAAAGCUUCGGAAGGUUUCAGAAGGCCUGGGAAGUCUUUCGAAGGCUUCAGAAGGCUUCAGAAAGCUUCAGAAGGCCUGAGAAGCCCUGAGAAGCCCUGAGAAGCCUUCAGAAGGUUUCAGAGGGCUUCAGAAUUUCUCAAGUGCAAAAUCAAAAACCAGAAAUUCCCAGAAGAACUUCUAAUAAGUCCCCCUUUUAAUUUUCCUCACAAAAAUUUUCACCUGAUUCUAAAAUCUCAGCUCAUAAAGUGCAAGCAGGUGAAUUUUCAAAAAUAAAUUUGCAGCCCUCAACUGGUCCUCGACCUACAGUAAGUUUUUUGGAAGAAUCGCGAAAACCUGCGGUUGCGGCUACGUCACAACCAAGAUCUACAUUUGACGAUUUAUUCGGAGCAACUUCUACAGCUUCAAGUGCUCCACGACCAGCCACAGCGGAAACGUGAGUUUUUUAGAAGCCUAGAAGGCCUGGGGUGCUUGUGGGGCCUUCUGAGGCCUUCUGGAGGCUUCUGGAGGCUUCUGAACCUUUCUGAAGACUUCUGAAGCCCUCUGAAGCCCUCUGAAGACUUCUGAAGCCUUCCAAAGCCUUCUGAAGCCUUCUGAAGCCUUCUUGCUAAAAAUCCAAAAUUUCAGAGCUCCACGACCUCGUGCAAAUCUGAGCAAUCUCUUCGAUUCGGCUCCAAGAGCUUCAACAUCACAAACUCCAGCCAUACCUUCAACUUCAGCACCACAACAACAAAUGGCGCCAACAACACCCACCACCGAAAAUUCUUUCGAAGCUGGCCGCAUUCAGAAACUUGAAGCUGAAGUUGAGCGAUUGAAUCGGGAGUUGGAUGAUUUGAAAAAAAGGAAGAGGGAUGAUGAGGAGGAUAUGGAGAGGAUUUGGAAGUCGAGGAUUGAAAAAUUGGAGAAGGAUCAUAGUAGGCAGAUUGAGCAAUUGAGGGAGACACAAGUGUGAGUUAGAGAGAGAGAGAGAUAGGCUAGAGAGGCUAGAGAGGCUAGAGAGGCUAGAGAGCAUUGAGAGGCUAGAGAGCCUAGAGAGCCUAGAGAGCCUAGAGAGGCUAGAGAGGCUAGAGAGGCUAGAGAGGCUAGAGAGGCUAGAGAGGCUAGAGAUCCUAGAGAGGCUAGAGAGGCUAGAGAGGCUAGAGAGGCUAGAGAGGCUAGAGAUCCUAGAGAGGCUAGAGAGGCUAGAGAGCCUAGAGAGCCUAGAGAGCCUAGAGAAGUUACGGAUCAAUAAAUUUCUAAAUUUUUCUCAAAACUAGACUUUAGUCUGCAAAAAAUUUUAAUUCUCGUCUAAAUUCUGAGGUUAAGCUAAAUUUGGAUCAGUAUUGAGCAUUUUUCAGACUAGAGUCUAGUUUUGAGAAGAAUUUAGAAAUUUAUUGAAUUGUACCUUUAGGGCUAUUUUUAUUUUUUUUCUGAAUUUUUCUCAAAACUAGACUCUAGUCUGAAAAAAAAACUCAAUUCUGGUCUAAAUUCUGGGGUUAAGCUCAAUUUGGAUCAGUAUGCAACAUUUUGUGGACUAGAGUCUAGUUUCAAAAAAAAACUUUUUUUAACAAAAAUUUUUGAUUCAGAAAAUGUCGAAAAACUAAAUUUUUUCCUAUUUUUUUAAAAUUUUUUUUAUUGAAACAUUUUCGCUGCGAGAUAUUUUUCAUUUUUAUUUUCUAAAUCGAAAAUUUUUGUUAAAAAAUUUUUUUUUUGACCUGAAUCACCCAAUUAAAUUCACAAAAUUUUCAAGAAAUUUUUUUAUAAUUUCAAAAUUUUGUGAGUUUUGAAAUCUGAAUCUAAAAAUAUUUAACUUCAAAAAUAGGGAUUCAGAAAAUUUAGGAUUUUAGCAAGACAAGGUUUUCCGAAUGAAAAAUUUCAGAUAGCCUAGAAAAUCAAUAAACAUUCCAGAUCGCAACUCGAAAAACUCGAAUCCGACCAAAAAAUCGAGCUCGAUCGAAUGAGCCAAAACUACAAUCGACAACUCGACGGGCUCACAACAUCAGUUGGACAAACUCAAGACAUUGUGACGAUUGUGGAUAAAGUCGACACAAUUUCAGCAACAAUUUCAAGAAUUGCUGGAGAUGUUACGUGAGUGCAGAGUUCCGCUAACUCAAAAAAAAUCUUCAAAAUUUGUAGAUCUUCAAAUUCAAAAAUCCAAUCUGAAUUAGAUUAUCAACUGCGUCUUCGGGAAGAUUUAUUGGAAGCUAAGGAGAAGAAAUUCAAUGAAGAUCAGUUGAGAUUUGAUGAGGAACGGAAAAAAGUUCAUGAAUUGAAUUUUCAGUUGAAUGAUAUUGUGAAGAAGCAGAAAUCUAGUUUUGAUAAUGUGAGUUUUUUGGGAGAAGAAAUAUUUUCUAGAUUUUCUAGAUGUUCUUCUGGCUUCUGGAAAUAUUCAGAAACUUCUUCUAGAUUUUUCACAGGCUCUGAAAAAGAUUCGGAAAGGAUUUCCUGAGCCUUAAGAGUUUUUCAGAAUCUUCAGAACCUUAAAGAAUUUUUCUAGACUCUCUAGAUAUUUUCCUGGGUUUCAAAAAAAUCUGAAAAUUUUAGAGCUUUUUCAAAAUUUGUUCUGGCUUCUGGAAAUAUUCUUCUAGAUUUUCUAGAUUUUUCACGGGCUUCUGAGAAUCCAGAAUAAUCUUCUUUUUCCAGGAAAAAUGGAAAGUUCGUGAAGAAUUUCAAAAACUCGAAGUUGAACGUCAAUUAUUCAAAGAAGAUCAACAAUUCAUUCUAGACAAUCUAGCCGUCGAAAAAAAUCAACUCGAAAAACAAAUCACCUCGUUUCAUCAAAACCAGCACGAUCUUUUAAUUCGAAUCAGCACGGAACGUCAACUUCUGGAGCAAGAGAAGAAUGAGUUCUAUACGAAGAGGAAUCUAGACAUCAAACGUAUCAAAAAUGAGGCUUCUGAAUUGGACAUCAAGAUCAAUCAAGUUGGAGCAGUUGAGAAGAAUUUGAUGGAAGCUCGCCGGAAAUAUGGCGAGAAGUUGGAGCAACUUCAGAGCUUGGAAAUUUCGCUGAUGGAAGAAUGUGUGGAGAUUGAUCGAUUGAGGAAUUAUGUUCAAGGUGGAGCUGCUGGAUUUCAGGAGCUGACUAGAAGAAAUGAGGAGGGAAAUUCUGCGGAGAAUUAUCAGAAGUAAGUUUCAGAAGGCUUUCUAGGCUUCCCAGCUUCUUUAGAAAAAAAAACAAAAAAAUUUCUCCCCGGCCGGGAAUUGAACCCGGGUCUCGCAUGUGACAGACGCGGAUACUCACCACUAUACUACCGAGGACACAUUGGAACUCUGGCAAAAUUGCAAAGAAAAAGAGGGAGCGAGAGGCGAGAGAGUGAAAAUUUUGAGAGAUCUUAGAGAGUUUUUUUCUGUUUGUGUAGGGAAUCAAUGAUUUUGUGUUGUUUUUUGAAUAGAAAAUAGAAAAUGAAGAAAAUUUGAAAAACUUGAAUGAAUUUCAAAGUGUUUAACUGAAAAUUUCUGCAAAAUUUUCAAAAAUAAAAUGAAAAUUGGAAAAAAAAUUCAGAUUUUUUUUUUAAUUUUACGAAUUUUCGAGAAAGCCUGGAAUAUAUCUGAAAAGCCCAGAUGAUAUCUAGAAAGCCCAGGAGCCCGUGCCAAAUCAUCUAAAAGCCCAGGAGACAUUUCAGAUAGUUCCAGAAGCCUAGAAGCCCGUUUCGAAUUAUCUAAAAGCCCAGAAGCCUUUUCUGAAUUUUCUUGAUGCCCGGAAGACCUUUCAAAACUAUCUAAAAGCCCGGGAGACCUUUCCUAAUGUUCUAAAAGCCCAUGAGACAUUUCAGAAAGUUCCAGAAGCCCAGUAGCCUUUUCGAAUUUUCUAAAAGCCCAGGAGCCCGUUCGGAAUGAUCUAAAAGCCCGGAAGACAUUUCAGAGAGUUCCAGAAGCCCAGUAGCCUCUUUUUAUUGUUCUAAAAGCCCAGAUGUCCGUUCUGAAUCAUCUGGAAGCCCAGGAGGCCUUUCCUAGUGGUCUGAAAGCCCAGGAGCCCGUUCCGAAUUAUCUAAAAGCCCAGAAGCCCGUUCGAAACGAUUUAAAAGCCCGGGAGACCUUUUUGAAUGUUCUAGAAGCCCAGUAGCCUUUUCUGAAUGUUCUAAAAGCCUGGGAGACCUUUCUGAAUUAUCUAGAAGCCCGGAAGACAUUUCAGAGAGUUCCAGAAGCCCAGAAGACCUCUCUGAAUGUUCUAGAAGCCCAGGAGCCUUUUCUGAAUGUUCCAGAAGCUCAGUAGUCAUUUCUGAAUGUUCUAAAAGCCUGGGAACCUUUCUGAACGUUCUAAAAGCCCAGAAGACUUCUCUCGAUGUUCCAGAAGCCCAGGAGCCUUUUCAGAUUGUUCCAGAAGCCCAGGAGCCCAUUCCGAAUUAUCUAAAAGCCCUUGAACCUUCUAGAAGCCCCGAGAGUUUUCCUGAUGGUCUAAAAGCCCGGGAGACCGUUCUGAAUGUUCCAGAAGCCCAGGAGCCCGUUCUGAAUAUUCUAGAAGCCAAGAAAGCCCACAAAAAUCGAUAAAUCUCAAAUUUUCAGAAACGAAAGUGUUCGAGCCACUUUAAAAAAGCACGCGGAUUAUCUGGAUCGCUAUGUUGGUCAAAAAGUCGCCGCAGUCGCUCCACAGAAUCUGUGA